AUGGCUUUAGAAUUAGAUACAACCAUAUCAUCUGUGAAUGGCAAUAACAAUGAUAACAAUGGUAACAUUACUGGUAUGGUAUUCAAAACAAUUAGUAAUCAUUCACCAAGCAGUAACGAUUCCGGAUUUCACAGUGAUCAGUUACAACAGCAUCAGCAAUCUAAAGCACAACGAACUAUGUCCCGAAGUCGUGGGAAUAUCAAACACAAGCCAACUUAUGUUAGCGUAUUUGCUUCUGACCCAGAUUGUUCCAGUCCAUUGUUCGAUGAAUUCGAUCGACGUUUCGCCGCCAAUCGACCGAACUUUCUUAACUCUACGCUUCAUCUGCCAACAGGAGAUGAAGAGACGUGUUCCGUUCCAUCAAUCUCUGCUCCACUAAUAAUGCCUUCCAGACAACCAAUAUUACCGUCGUUUAUGAAUAUGAGUGUUUCUUCGAAUCCCGCAAUUCAUCCAGAAACCUCGGAACAAUCUUAUCUGAAUGAACAUCAUACUCUCGCAACAUUUCCUGCAUGCACUUUUCAACAAGAGCAGCAGCAUCAACCUGCUUAUUCAACUACGCUUGCAGAAACCCCAGCACGUGAAGAAUCAAAUAAUGUAACAGCUCCUUUCAAUAUUCUUUCAUCCAGUGGAAUAUUAAAUUCAAAUCGAUCAGUGCAGGAAACUUCGGUACAGAAGAGUUAUAAAUAUGCUUGCUUGAAAAGUGAGAUGCAAAAAAAUAAGACGUACAUGAAUGAGCAGGAAGGCGAAAAGUCGAAAGCAUCCAUAGGAGAAUCGCCGAAUGACCUCUGUUCAAAAUUCCAGGAAAAUUUACAUACUGAAGCACAAAUUUCGAAUUGCCAUUGCUAUCCACGGAUAGUUAACAAACUGGAGGACUUUCUUACAAAAUCAACAAAUCUUCCUACAGCAAAGUUACUGUAUGAUAAUUCAUCUGAGGCAAAGGAAACAGUGGAAACGUUGGACACAGAUAAGCAACAUAAAAUUGGAAAACAACAUGAUGAUGGAAUUACCAUGAAGCACUUAUCAGCCUACAAGAUAUACCACAUGUCGUCUGAUUCUGUUACUGAAUCGUUGCCUCAUAAUAUAUCUGUGGAAUCAAGGAAUGCUUCACCUGAACAGUCGCUUAUGAGGGCUCAAGAAAUAACAGUGCCAGAACUUUUUCUUUUUAAAAUUGUCUCGGGACAUGAUCAAGAAAGUUGUGGCACUAACCUGGAAGGACCUCCACUUCAGAUUCUAUUUCGUGACGUAGAAUUUGAGAUGGUUUCACAACAAAAGCCAGAAAAUCAGCUGGUGAAAACCGAGAAAUGUAUUGCUUAUAAUGAAAACCUAGAGUCAUUCAAAAAUUCUGCUGUGAAAUACGGAAAUAGUUCGGAAUCAGAAACACACUCGGAUAUCAAGAAAAGUCACUUCGUUUCAUUUGUACCUGCUACAAAACUUAGCCGGAUUAUUUCUCAGAAGUCUGAUUCAUUAACAAAUGGCAAUGGUAGCGAAAAGUUUGCUGCAGCUGAGUUUGAGAAGUUUGGCUCAAUCGUCUCUACGAAAUCAAUCCCUUUCACGCGCGAAAAUUCUACUGUAUUGAAGAAACGGGAACACUCUCGUGAAAUUGACAGGACAUCAUCCAUUAAAGAAUUGCAAACUACGAAAUCAUCAAAUGAAAAAUUCGAAAAACCGGCAGUGCCACUUGCUCCACGGCGUACCAGAGAUGAUAAGCCAGUUCCAUUCGAUAAACUUAUUGAAAAGUUCACAAAAGCCGAUAAUGGUGCAGUUCCAACACCGAAAACAUUUCAAGGCAUCGUAGGUGUUAUUGAUCCGAGGAAGUCUACUGCGAUCAGAAGCAGUAGUAGUGGUGCUCCGAAAGGGACAACACUGAAUCUACAGAUCUCAAAGAAAAUUCCGUAUCGUGGCAGUAGAGUGAUGAGCGACAAAUUUACUGGAAGGAAUGCGACCUAUGCUGGAACUUCCAGAAAUAGAUUUUCAACUACUGAGAACGCAACUGUUUCGCGAGCCGAAAAUUUGUUUACAAAAGUGAGAGCAUCCUUUGAAAAGAAUGCAGAAUCUUUUCCAAUGAUCUUGGCAUCUCAUACUGAUGGUGAAAAGAAAUUUGUCUCUAUUGUCGAAGAAAAUAUCAAAACAGGAAAAUCCUUGAAUAUUAUCCGACAAUCUGAAAAAGUUGAGAAAAAGUCCUCGAUUAUAACGGAACGGAAAGAGUCCCCAGAAAUGUACACAUCCGUGAUGGAACAAAAGCCGAAUGCAAAAAUGUAUUCUUGUCUAUCAGAAAUGGAAUCUUCUUUCGAAAUUAUGAAAGGACUUACUUUGUCAUGUUUCGAUAAUGUGGCAGAUGAUGACAUAGUUGGAAGGUCACUUAAAGUAGAUAAAGCUGAACAAUCAGCAUUUCAAGCAAUGGAGGAGGUAACAUCAUGCAGUGGAUUGCAUAAGCAAGGAAAGCCAUCUGAAGCGGAGUUAAUGGAAUGCAAAAGUUUGUUGGAUGAAAAAUUUGCUAAUUAUGAUAUUUUCAAAGUAACACUGAAAAGAUCGGCAAAUAAUCCGGAAGGUUCAAUUGGUGUAAUUCUGAGUUCAGCAGCUUCCGGUGACCAAUAUAUCAGCGUGCAAAGAGUGAUAUCGGGUAGCAUUGCGGAUCGAAGCGAUCUCAUCGAAAAAGGUGAUCGUGUUUUUCUUCCGUGCAGGGUCACUCUACAAAACAGAUGUCAGCCACAGAGGCACGAACCUUAA